AUGAACUCCUUGAGUCGGCGAAAGGCGUGCAACUCGUGUAUUAAGGGGAAGCGAAGAUGCGACCUUCAACAUCCGGCAUGUGGUCGCUGUGUCACCAAAGGGGUUCAUUGCGAAUAUCGUUCGACCAGAUUACAUGACCCGCCUCCAACUAGUUCACCAGCAUGCCAAGACCAAGACUAUAGUCUGACUGACAUAGUCGGACCAGUCCAUACAGAUACAAGUAGUAGUGGACUUUUGUUUCCCUUUGCUCUCACAGGAUACCCAUUACUUCCUCUUGGGCACCUGAGCGAAAUCUUCCUAUCCCCCGACUCGUGGUCUCUCGUCCGCCGUAUCUCUACCGCAGACCAGGCUUUCGAUGCAUCUUCGCUGAUCAAGAUAGUCCGGACCAUACAGCAAUGGCUGAAGCAAUGGGUUCUUGAAGGAAGCACGCUGUUCAUUCACCCACACUUAUAUCCUGGUCGACUUCCCAGCUGCCUUCAAGAUGCGUACACAUCUGCAGCUGCCUAUUUCCUGCAGAAUCCCUCCAAUAAAGACAUCACCAACCCAAUUAUUGAAGAACGGGUGUCCGAGCUUCUAGCUGAACCAACUCCGUCCAGCCUUACUGACCACCUUGCCCGUGUCCAGGCCUUGCUUGUAUACCAGAUCAUCUGCCUAUUUGACGGUGAUGAUCACCAACGCUCCAUAGCUGAAAGGCGUAUUCCGACACUCAUAUCAUGGAGCAGCCAAAUGUUGGAAUGUGCUCGUAUCAGUAGCGAGUAUAUCCAGCUAGCGCAGAGUGGGCAUGGCCCACAAGAACCACGCCAGGAAGCCUUAUGGAAAGCCUGGAUUCUGGGGGAGAGUGUCCGGCGAACAUGGAUGAUUAGGACGACCAUCGUGGCUGUCUACGAAUUGUUAAAGUGGGGCCGGACUUCCUGCGCAGGCGGAGUGAAGUUCACAGCCCGGGCUGGACUAUGGGAAGCGCCCACAGCCCAGCGCUGGGUGGCGGCGUGCCAGCAACAGGACGUGCUAUUCCUGUCUGGUGCGGAUGCGAAUCGAUUGUUCGUACAGACUCGCCCUAACGAGGUCGAUGUGUUUGUUCAUUUCAUCCUCACGGUCAUAUUUGGCUUGGAAGCUGUGGUGACUUGGGUUCGUAACACUGGAUAUAGCCAGACGGGUACGACAGAGGAUGGGCUAUACACAUCUCUGGCCUUCGAGGAGCCUCGAUACCGACUUUGCGACGAUGACUCCGAGGCAGCCGCUUAG